AUGUUUGUUUACCUCGUUCAUUUGCAUAUCCUCGAGUGUCUGGGAUGCCUGGACGGCCAGCAGACCUGGAAUUAGAAAUGGAAAAUGAGGACUUUGGGUUAACGGUCCUUGGAGAGGCUGGGGAAGGGUCCCUGGCCCAGACAACAUGCAUGACAAGAAAGACGAAAAUAAUAACUUCUACACCAAAAAAAGGUGCGAGAGAACCAAUAUCAACACCAGCAGGCCUGACUCCAUCUACAAAGCGCAGGAAGUCUAACAGCUUUUAUCGUAAAAAAUCCAAGACCCCCAAGAGCCCUGUUGAGCAGAAGCGAAAGCACCGGUUUCGUCCUGGAACAGUUGCCUUGCAGGAAAUCCGCCAUUACCAGAAAGGAGCAGGACUCUUGGUCCCAAAAUUGCCAUUUUCUCGACUCAUCCGGGAGGUCUUGAAUGAGCAGGGCAAGGAAUACAGAAUCCAGACCUUAGCACUAAUGGCUCUUCAAGAAGCAGCCGAGUGUUAUAUUAUUGGAUUGUUGGAAAUGGCUAACUUAUGCUCCAUUCAUGCCAAAAGAGUAACCAUAUACCCUCAGGAUAUGAAGUUGGUUCGUCGUAUUAGAGGAGAUUGCUGAGGAAGGCUUGCCUGUCAGGCUUUGCAUGCAACAGCAAUUGUGUUUAAUGUUUAUAGUUUACAUCUGCCAGAUAUGCAGGGCAUGCUAAUAAGUUAAUCAAAGGUCAAAUUCUCCAUUAACAUUGCAAAAUUUUACAAAACUUUGCUGAUGGCUGAUGUAUAUUAGUGAGCGAGUUGCCUUUUAUGAUCAGAGAUAAGGGCUUGUGUUCAAAAGGUAAGAAGAGUUAUGUUAUAUUAAGUGUGAGUGAAAGAGAAAUGUGAAAUUUUUUAUUUGAAUAAUUUUAGAACGUGUUAGUUAUCACAUGAUGGGCUUAUGUAUGAGAGAGAGACACCCAGUGGUAGUACCCAUUUUAUUUUUUUCCUAGCCCCCAUGAUGCUUUCACAACUUUUUAGAACCUUGGUGGAUACAUCCGGUCAUGAAUUUGAGUCCACUUUUAUUGUUAGCUCAAACUACCUAUAAUGUGUGAUUGAAAAUUUUGUGUAAAUUAGUUUUCUUUGGACAGUCACUAGUCUAUUAUCAUCUGGGCCUCAACUGGAAAAAAUUGUCUAUUGAUUAUCCUGUACUGUAUCUGCAAAAAUUGUGUGUUCGAUUGUUAUUUUUGCCGUUUUUUAUUGUUUAUUUUGGAUUUUAGGUAAUUUCCUGCCAUUUUUAAUUAUCUAUCACAUUAUCUCUAUCUUUGUCAUAAUGGAUAUUUUAAAAAGAUAGCCGAUUCACAGAUAAUAGAUCAGUGACUAAUUGUAAAUUGCAUUCGGAAUACAAAUUAACAUAUACUAUAUAUUGAUUAUUUUUGUGUUUACUUGUAUGACUAUGUAUAUGUAUGGAUAUACAGGUAAUUGCACAUGUAUGCAAGUGUAUAUGCAAUUACCAAUUUAUGUUAAUGUCUUUAAGGAAAAUAGUUCUUGUGUGAGGAGGUGGGAGUGAAAUUUUGUUGAAAUUGUAAAUUUUGUCUUAAGGCAGGAACAGUAGCAAACAGUUUUUUACUAACCACUUUUUUACUAAAGUACAAAUUUAUUUACAUUUCUAAUAAAGAUUUAAUCUGUAAAA